AUGGUCUUCACUGCUCCAUCCGACCUCUCCGGUGGUCUUUAUUUCCUUAACGGAAAACGUACAACUGUCGAGGCCACUGAGACUUUUGAUGUCAUUGAGCCACGUAUUGGAAAAGUAGUAGCAAAAUGCCCAAAAGCCACCGCCGAAAUUGUGGAUGAGUACGUGAAAGUGGCGUCUGCUGCUCAACCAGGAUGGGGAGAGACAACUGCACUGGAUAGAGGAAAGAUUCUUCAUAAAGUUGCCGAUUUGAUCAGGGAACACGCCGAAGAAAUCGCCGUCUGGGAAGUCAAAACCAACGGAAAACCAAUCUACGAAGCCCGAUGCGACAUCGCCUCCUCCGCUGACACCUUCGAUUUCUUCGGUGGAAUCGCGACAGCAGUCCUUCAAGGAGACUCCCUCGAACUCCCAGGAGGACCGUCCCAACGUAUCGCCUACACUCGUCGUGAGCCAUACGGAGUCAUCGGAUGCAUUGGAGCAUGGAACUACCCCUUCCAAACUUGUGUCUGGAAAGUUGCUCCAGCUCUUGCGGCUGGAAACUCAGUAGUCUAUAAACCAUCUCCAUUCGCACCAGCGUCUCCAGUGUUGCUCGGAGAGAUUCUCACAGCUGCAGGAGUUCCAGAAGGAGUCUAUAAUGUGAUUCAAGGAGAGCAAGAGGCUGGAAUUGCCCUUUGUGAGCAUCAACUUGUUGCAAAGAUGUCCUUCACUGGAUCAGUGGCAUCUGGAGAGGCAGUUCAGCGUCAAGCCGCCACAAAGAACGUGAAGCCAGUCACCUUGGAGCUCGGAGGAAAGUCUGAGCUCAUCAUUUUCGACGAUUCCAAUGUCAAGUCCGCAGUGGCCGCCGCCAUGUUGGCCAACUUCUUGAAUCAAGGUCAAGUCUGUACCAAUGCCACCAGAGUCUUCGUUCAACGAGGUAUUCUCGCUUCAUUCACAGAAGCCAUUGUCCAAGAAGCCAACGAGAAGCUGAAGGUUGGAGACCCACUCCUUGAGGACACUCGUGUCGGAGCCAACAUCAACGAGGGACAUCUUCAAAGAAUCAUGGGAUAUGUGGAGAGUGCCAAGCAAGAAGGAGGUGUUGUGUUGAGAGGUGGAGUACGUGUUCAUCCGGAAGGAGUGGAGGGCGGAGCCUAUUUUGAGCCAGCAAUUAUCACUGGAUUGACAGAUGAGGCCAAGGCAGUUAGAGAGGAGAUUUUCGGAGCUGUCAUGUUGAUUCUACCAUUCGACACCGAGGAAGAGGUUGUUGCAAGAGCGAAUAACACUACCUAUGGAUUGGCCGCUGGAGUUUUCUCUGGAAACCUCGCUCGUGGACAUCGUGUCGCUGCACGUCUCCAAGCUGGAACAGUCUUCAUCAACACUUACAAUGAUACCGAAGUGAACGUUCCAUUCGGAGGAUUUAAGAACUCGGGUCACGGACGUGAGAACUGCGUGGAUACUCUUCGUGCUCACACUCAGACAAAGGCCAUCUAUGUUAAUGUUCAGGACACCACUGAGCAUUGCUUCUAG